UUCUCCUAAGGCCCGCCUCUCGGCUCAGCCUUCUCUGGGGACACGCCCCUUUUACGCUAAGCCCCGCUUUCCCGUACUCCGCUCCUUCCCUGUUGUGGCUGCAAGAGGCUGCGCCUGCGCACAGAAAGCUUGUCUGUUCCCUCCCGGCGUCCCUAGGUUGACAGCGUCCGUCCGGGUAAGGCAGCAGCGGGAGCCGGAGUUGAGGCGGUCGUUCCCGAGCGCUGCGGGCAGGGGAGACCCUCGUAAUCCCCGCGUUUCCCGGAGGCCAGCGUCCUUGGAGCUGAUUUUAGAUUGAGUCAAGUGGACAGUGAAAGUCAAGCAUCCAUCCUACCUGCUCUCAGCCAACUGUGCAGACUUGGACCGGUUAAAGCUGCGAGGAAAGAAUGGGGAGGAGCAUCUUACACUGGUGAUGCUGGGAGAGCCAUGAAGACCUUUCCCUACCCCCUCUUCCUCUAGGCUGGGCUUCCCAGGACACAGCUGUUCUCCAAAGGAGAAACCAGGAGGAGAAGGCAAGAAAUGACCGUGGAACUAAUGAAAGCCACGUUACAGGACUCAGUGACAUUCAAAGAUGUUGCGGUAGACUUCUCCCAGGAGGAAUGGGAGCAGCUGAAUCCUGCUCAGAGGAGUUUGUACAGGACUGUGGUGCUGGAGAACUACCAGAACUUGGUCUCAGUGGGAGCUUGCAUUUCCAAGCCACAUCUAAUCUCAUUACUGGAGCAUGGGAAGGAGCCUUGGGAGGUGAAGGGUGAGGUGACGAGAAGCACAUUACAAGAUGGAGAACCUAUACACAAGACACAAGAAUUAUCUCUGAAGCAAUUUGUGUUUGAUAAUAAGUCAGUGGAGAAAAUUACAAGUUUUGGUUAUGAGUGUCCCACUUCUGGAAAAAAGUGGGAAUGUAAAGACCUUUUUAAUAGACAAAUGACAAAUCAAGAAAUAUUAUUUAACAUGAAAGAAACAGUCACUCAUAAAGAAACUCACACUAAAGAAAUAGGCUACAAAUACUCCAAAUCUUCAAAAUCUGUCCAUCUGGACAAUGUAGAAGAGAAUAUUUAUAGUCACAAGUCAAAGAAGAAACCCUUCUCCAAAAAUCCCAAGGUACGAAAAUACAAGAAAAUCUGGGCAGGAAAGACCAUUUUUAAAUGUAAUGAAUGUGAGAAAACCUUUACUCAUAGCUCAUCUGUUACUGUUCAUCAAAGAAUUCAUACAGGUGAGAAGCCAUAUAAAUGCACAGUGUGUGGAAAAGCCUUCAAGCAGAGUCACCACCUUGCUCAGCAUCAUACAACACACACCCAUGAGAAACUCUUUGAGUGUAAAGAGUGUAAGAAAGCCUUCAGCCAGAAUUCAUACCUCAUUGUACAUCAAAGAAUUCAUACUGGAGAAAAGCCGUAUACAUGUAAGGACUGUGCAAAAUCCUUCAGGCAGCCUGCACACCUGGCUCAGCAUCAGAGGAUUCACACCGGGGAGAAACCCUACCAGUGUAAGGAGUGUGGGAAGGCCUUCAGGGAUAGCUCUACCUUUGCUCAGCAUCAGAGGUGUCACAACGACAAACGACCCUUUCAGUGUGCUGAGUGCGGUCAAGCCUUCAGGUAUAACAUGUCCCUCACUCGUCACUUCAGGCAUUAUCACACCGGAGAGAAGCCAUUUGACUGCACUGACUGUGGGAAAGUCUUCAGCGUUCACAUAGGACUUACUUUGCACAGGAGAAUUCACACUGGAGAGAAACCUUACAAAUGUCACGUGUGUGGCAAAGCGUUUCGCAGUGGGUCAUCCCUGACUGUACACCACAGAAUUCACACAGGGGAGAAGCCUUACAAAUGUGAUAUUUGUGGGAAAGCCUUCAGCCAUAGCAUGUCACUCACUGGCCAUCAAAGAGUACAUUCUGGAGAGAAACCUUAUAAGUGUAAGGAGUGUGGGAAAGCUUUUCGGCAGAGUAUACAUCUUCUUGCCACUCAUCAGAGAAUUCACACAGGGGAGAAGCCCUAUGAAUGUAAGGUUUGUAAUAAAGCGUUUACGCAGAAGGCUCACCUUGCACAGCACCAGAAAACUCAUACGGGGGAGAAGCCGUAUGAGUGCAAGGAAUGUGGCAAGGCCUUCAGCCAGACCACCCACCUCGUUCAGCAUCAGAGGGUUCACACUGGAGAGAAGCCCUACAAAUGUCUGGAGUGUGGGAAGGCCUUUGGGGAUAACUCAUCCUGUACUCAACAUCAGAGACUCCACACCGGCCAGAGGCCGUAUGAGUGUGUGGAAUGUGGGAAGGCCUUCAAGACCAAGUCGUCCCUCAUUUGCCAUCGUAGGUGUCACACUGGAGAGAAGCCUUACGAGUGCAGUGCGUGUGGCAAAGCCUUUAGCCACCGUCAGUCCCUUAGUGUGCAUCAGAGAAUUCAUUCUGGGAAGAAACCGUACGAGUGUAAGGAGUGUAGGAAAACCUUCAUCCAAAUUGGACAUCUCAACCAGCAUAAGAGAGUCCACACUGGAGAGAGAACGUAUAACUGCAAGAGGGGCAGGAAGGCCUUCAGGCAGACUGUGCACUUCGCUCACCAUCAGCGACUUCAUUCUGGGGAGGUGUCCACUCACUCUUUGCCUUCCGCAGCCAGUCCUGUGGACCUCUUCUCCAAAUUUGUGUGGAAUCCAUCCUCCCUUCCAUCAUCGUAAUCUCAAAACAUUGCUGUCUCCACUACACUACUUUAUCAGUUCACCUCUCUGUCCCUUGGUUCCCUUUGUCCCUUACAGGUUUGUUCUUCAUGUUUCAGUCGGGUUGGGUUAGUUUUGGAGUGUAAAUUAAUUAAUUUGCUCAUCGAGACUUGUAUUAAUGCCUAAGGUGUGCUUAGUUCAGUGCCUGAUCUGUGCCAAGUAUUCAGCAAACAAAACUUGGCUCUUUUAAAGGUUUAUUUUUGAAAAUGGUCGUUUUAUUGUAGUCAGCCCUGAUAAGAACGAUGCACUAGAAUGAGGCUAGGGGAAACCAGAUUUCAGAACACAAAGGCAGUCUCUGAGUUGUUGAUGAGGCUUGCUUCUUUCCCGUGACAACUUGGUGCUAAGCCAAGGGUAUGGUGGGCUCAUCUGUAAUCCUAGUGUUCAUGAAUUCAAGGCCAGCGGGGCAGCUUAGUGAGACCCUAUCUCUAAAUAAAAACAAAACAGUUGAUCCCACACUGCUGAAUUGUAUCAUGGCUUUGGAUUUGAACUACAUGAAUGUAAGUAUGGUAAUAGAACUUUCAGUGAGGUGACUCUCCUAUACACAUGGAUAGACAAUGUAAGUGUGUAGGACACCUGAAA